GACAGAUCUGGAUCUCAGAUCUGUUCCCUCCGUAUACGGCUGCUGUAACGGCAGGCCUCCCGGGUCAGUAGAGGCUCCCACCAUACAGAGAAGCGUAAUGCAGCGUGUUCAAUCCCACACCACUCCCUGCCCUUGAGCCUCGAGAUCGACCAGCUGUGCAUGAGGUCGUCAUGUCAGUCAAGACAUGGUACUAUCAAGUCGGGGGCUUCCAGGGACACCUCAGAGAGAUCCCCGACGAACGUCUCCUGCGAUCUCCUGGCAUCCAAGGGCUGAAUCUUGUACUUGGUAUCCGACCAAAUGGCGCGUCAUAUCUCUUGCUCCCGGAGUCGCGCUUCCGUGCACUGCGCUGGCGACCACCAGGUGCUCGACCUGAUCCUCCUGAGAGAUUCCUCUCAUUGUCUCCCGCGCACUUUCCCAAUCGUGCGGAGCUUGAGAAGAGACUGAAGACGUACGCAUCGACCAAGUCCAACAAGGGUAUCCCAAAGGAUCAGAUAAGAGACCGUUCGAAGGCGAACACGUCCUUCACUGUUGCUGGUAAUGGUGUGUCAGAAGCCGGAAAGAUACGUAGCUCGUUUGAGAUGCAGAGGGUUCUCGUGCUGUCUCGACCAAUGCUGGCAACGCUUGAUUAUACCCAGGCCGCUGAAUUUUCCCUACGGAUGCUUCCGGAAAAUUUGACCAUCGUAUCUCUGUGCUACAAUACGUGGAAGGCCGACACUCGCACAAUGCGACAACGCGAAGCCGAUCCGAAGGUGCUAGACAUCGGUUGGACAACAUGGUCCAAACCGGCCCAAUGGAACGGAUCCCAAAUCAUGCCUUCAGAGACCACUCAUGUAGUAAUUGAGGAAGAAAGAUACCUGAGCAAUCCCGGGUCCAAGCGCAUCGAGUGCGAGUAUGCGACCACGAUAUACAAGCCCCGAAGCGACAUUGCUUGGCAGCUGUCUGCGGCGCUCAGCGGGAGACAUCCUGUUGUGCUUCUAGUUCACGACGAAGCGCGGACGUUGGCCACGCUCCGCGCCCUCAAGCUAGACACCACAGAAUGGGCAUCAGGCAUCGCAGGUCUGCUAUACGAUGACGCGCCCGGACCUGUACAGACGAUGUCCAGGUCCUCGCGCUCUCGCUCUCCAGAACGGCGAGGCGAGUAUACGUCAGCCAGCCAGGCAGACCGUAGCCGCCGUCCAUCCGGUACUCCUGUGUACGUCGUCGACGUGCGCAGCUUGUAUCUGGCCCUGAGGCAGGUCGCGCCAGCGACAGACAGUGUGCCCAUCAACGCUCGGGGGCUUGGUGUGAAGCUUGACCCGCCGAAGGAUAAGCCUCAGGCGGUGACACCCAACGUCAUCGCCGAGUCGGACAGAUGGUGGUCCGCGGGUACCGAGAGCUUGCUGCUCGGGAAGAUGUGGUACUCCAUGGCACGCGGGCCCAACAUUGACGAUCAACGAGUGUUGAGGUGGUCGUCUGCCCAAGCCGCUGAUGCAACGGGAAGUUCGGUCGCCCCGGCCAGCUCACCGCCACCAACUGCAGCACUCCCCGAAACUGCUGAGGCGUCGGACGACGAGGUCGAUCCAAACGAUAUCCUACAGCCAGUCGCAGCUGCACCCGCGCCUACCAGUGCGGUGUCGAAGCUGGGUGGAACGAAAAGCAGCCUGAGCUUAAUGGAUCCCGACGGCUGGGAUGAUGCCUCCGAUGAUGACUGGUGACAGCAUUCAUGACGAACUGUUAUACCCCGCUUCAGUUGUAUUUCCCACUCACAUUGCUUCAAGCUUGUUGCCAUCGCUAUACCUCCCUCCAU